AAAACCCCUUUAGGUGGAUUACGAAGAAGAAGUUUCUUUUCUUGAUGAACGCGAUCCGCUGGACAGUCAAGAGAGCCGUCAGUCACGUGUUAAUAAACAAAGACCACCUGAUGAAGAAGAUGAAGAAGAUCGGGACUCAUAACGGCACCUUUCACUGUGAUGAAGUUCUGGCGUGUUUCUUUCUGCGACAGCUGCCGGAGUAUAAGGAUGCUGAGAUCGUGCGCAGCAGAGACUCCUCUGUCCUGGCCGACUGUGAUGUUGUGGUGGAUGUUGGAGGACAGUUUGAUCCCAGUCGUCAGCUCUACGAUCAUCACCAGAGAUGUUUUGCAGAAAGCUUCCACAGCUUGUGUCCAGAGAAGCCCUGGGUGACGAAGCUGAGCUCGGCAGGUUUGGUGUACCUUCACUUUGGCAGACGAGUUCUUGCCGCACUUACGAAGAUGGAGGAGGACGACACGCGACUGGAGGUCCUUUAUGACAAGAUGUAUGAGAACUUUGUGGAGGAAGUGGACGCGGUGGAUAACGGGAUCUGUCAGUAUGACGGAGAGGCACGUUACUCGAUCUCCACGACCCUCAGCGCUCGCGUCGGCCAUCUCAACCCACACUGGAACAGCAAAGACCAGGACACCGAGAAGGGUUUCCAUAAAGCCCUGGCUCUUGUAGGAGCCGAAUUCCAGGACCGUUUGGACUUCUACACGAACGCCUGGCUCCCGGCGAGAGAGGUCGUGCAACAAGCUGUCCAGGCGAGAUACCAGGUGGAUCCGAGCGGGGAGAUCGUGUUGCUGGCUCAGGGUGGCUGUCCCUGGAAAGAGCAUCUGUUUUCCCUGGAGAAGGAGAUGAAGGUGGACGUGCCCGUUAAAUUUGUGCUGUACACGGAUCAGAACGAACACUGGAGAAUCCAGUGUGUCCCGGCCGGACUGAACACCUUCCAGAACAGGUUGAGUAUUUUGGAGGAAUGGCGAGGUGUCCGGGACGAAGCGCUGUCCAAACUCAGUGGUAUUCCUGGAUGCAUCUUCGUCCAUGCCGGUGGUUUCAUUGGAGGGAACAAGACGAAGGAGGGCGUUCUGGAAAUGGCCAAAAGAACGCUUCAAACGGCACCCAAACCUUUACACAACAACUGACACACACCUGUAAUUCACCUUCACGUCACACAGCUCUCAUGAAAACCAAUAAAUGCAAAACUGUAUUU